GACAGUUUGGAUGAAGAGCAGAUUGAGACCCUCCGGAAGGCGUUUGACUCCUUCGACACGGAGAAAACCGGCUCCAUCACGGGCGAGACCAUCGCCACCAUCAUGAGGAUGAUGGGCGUCAAGAUCUCGGAGAAGAACCUGCAGGAGGCCAUCGCCGAGACUGACGAGGACGGUUCCGGUCUUCUGGAGUUCGAGGAGUUCGUGGAGCUGUCGGCCAAGUUCCUGAUCGAGGAGGACGAGGAGGCGCUCAAGGCCGAGCUCAAGGAGGCCUUCCGUAUCUACGAUAAGGAGGGAAACGGCUUCAUCACCACCGACGUCCUGAAGGAGAUCUUGGCCGAGCUUGACCCCAGGCUGACCCCCGCUGACCUCGAGAACAUCAUUGAGGAGGUCGACGAGGACGGAUCCGGCACCCUCGACUUCGACGAGUUCAUGGAGAUGAUGAACGGUUAAGUCCUUCAUCGGUUCCCCCUGAGUCGCCACUCGCUCGUCAUUCAGGAGUCUGUCUGGGAAUGGUUGUUAGUCACGCCCAGCAGACGAAACCGUUUCACUUCAUUCUCUGGUUCACUCUCGGUUCUCCACUCUCUUUCUGCGUUCUCUCUGGAUUUCACUCUCUUUCUGCGUUCUCUCUGGAUUUCACUCUUUCUGAAUUCACUCUGUAUUCCAUUAUCUUCCUGAAUUCACUCUGUAUUUCACACUCUUUCUGAAUUCACUCUGUAUGUCACUCUUUCUGAAUUCACUCUGUAUUUCACUCUUCUGAAUUCACUCUGUAUUUCAG